UCUUGAAAAAAUACCAUUGGUAGACACAGCUCUUCAUAGAGCUACUAUAACUUCUGCAUUUGUGAAGCUCUCUUUCUCACUGCUAUCUUUAAUCAGUGUCCCAGAAAACAGAUGAUGAUCCUCAAAGAACAAAUUUAUGGAAAAUUAAGGAUGAAGGGGGUCACAGUAAUUAUACUGACUGGAAUCCUAGCUUUGGGACAAUGUGAGGACCAUGAACAUACACUAGAGAACGUGGCCCUGAGGGGAAAGGCUUCACAGUCAUCACAGUAUAAUUGUUUAGCUGAAGCCAGGAAUGCAAUUGACGGCAGACGUGACUCAGAAUAUACCUCUGGAUCCUGCACGCACACUAAAAUCCAGGAUGACCCCUGGUGGAGAGUGGAUCUGCUCAAUGUAUACAGCGUGACCUCAGUGACCAUCACUAACAGAGGAGACUGCUGCAGUGAGAGGAUCAAUGGGGCUCAAAUACGCAUUGGGAACUCAAUGGAAAACAAUGGAAACAACAACACAUUGUGUGCUGUGGUGUCCACCAUCCCAGCAGGAAAGUCCAUAACUUUUCAGUGUCAUGGAAUGGAGGGGCGCUAUGUCAAUGUCUUCCAGCCAGGAAGCUCUGAAGUCCUAACUCUAUGUGAGGUGGAAGUCAAUGCAAGCUCUGUUCCUGGGAACAUGGUGAUGGAUCCAGUGACCAGUGAUGGAGAUGAAUUCACAGAGCCAAAGUGUAGAGUUACAACACCAGAUAAUGCAGCAACUGGUGGAAAAGCAACUCAGUCUUCAACUCAACAUUAUGGUGGUGCAGACAGGGCCAUUGACAGAAACCGCAGCCCAUUGUAUGAUGCUCAAACCUGUACUCACACUACAGUUGAAAAAAACCCCUGGUGGAGAGUGGAUCUCCUUAGAAAACACAGAGUCACCUCAGUGACUGUCACUAACAGAGCGGACUGCUGUGCUUCCAGGCUGGACGGAGCAGAGAUCCGUGUAGGGGACUCUUUGGAAAACAAUGGCAAUGACAACCCAGUCUGUGCUGGGAUUUCCCACAUAAAAGGAGGGGAAUCUGUCACCUUCCAGUGCCAUGGGAUGGAGGGACGCUAUGUUAACGUGUUCCUCCCUGGGAGAGAGAAGGUCUUGACUCUUUGUGAGGUGGAGGUGGACGCCAAUGUGAUUCAUAAUGAGAAUGUGGCCCUGAGGGGAAAGGCUUCACAGUCAUCACAGUAUAAUUGUUUAGCUGAAGCCAGGAAUGCAAUUGACGGCAGACAUGACUCAGAAUAUACCUCUGGAUCCUGCACGCACACUAAAAUCCAGGAUGACCCCUGGUGGAGAGUGGAUCUGCUCAAUGUAUACAGCGUGACCUCAGUGACCAUCACUAACAGAGGAGACUGCUGCAGUGAGAGGAUCAAUGGGGCUCAAAUACGCAUUGGGAACUCAAUGGAAAACAAUGGAAACAACAACACAUUGUGUGCUGUGGUGUCCACCAUCCCAGCAGGAAAGUCCAUAACUUUUCAGUGUCAUGGAAUGGAGGGGCGCUAUGUCAAUGUCUUCCAGCCAGGAAGCUCUGAAGUCCUAACUCUAUGUGAGGUGGAAGUCAAUGCAAGCUCUGUUCCUGGGAACAUGGUGAUGGAUCCAGUGACCAGUGAUGGAGAUGAAUUCACAGAGCCAAAGUGUAGAGUUACAACACCAGAUAAUGCAGCAACUGGUGGAAAAGCAACUCAGUCUUCAACUCAACAUUAUGGUGGUGCAGACAGGGCCAUUGACAGAAACCGCAGCCCAUUGUAUGAUGCUCAAACCUGUACUCACACUACAGUUGAAAAAAACCCCUGGUGGAGAGUGGAUCUCCUUAGAAAACACAGAGUCACCUCAGUGACUGUCACUAACAGAGCGGACUGCUGUGCUUCCAGGCUGGACGGAGCAGAGAUCCGUGUAGGGGACUCUUUGGAAAACAAUGGCAAUGACAACCCAGUCUGUGCUGGGAUUUCCCACAUAAAAGGAGGGGAAUCUGUCACCUUCCAGUGCCAUGAGAUGGAGGGACGCUAUGUUAACGUGUUCCUUCCUGGGAGAGGGAGGGUCUUGACUCUUUGUGAGGUAGAAGUAAAUGGAAGCGCUGUUCUCAAUGGCGCCUGAGGCUGGGAUCCCCACGACAGCGAGAGAGAGAGCACGUACAGGCUGUGGGAAUGGCUGAAAAGUGACCAUGUUUAAUUUCAUUUAUUUGGUCUUUGUUGUUUUAGUUUAUUGUUUUUGCCCAGAUCCUGUGAGGGUGACAGGCGAAGGUUUUUGCAUUUGUUUGUGCUCAAGUGUGCUUAUAUUCUCUUUCUCGCUAUUUGAAUAAAAUGCCGGAGUUAUCCGGAAUCCCCACA